AGUGUGUGGGCGUGUUCCUCAAGGGCUGUUUCUCAGGUAACGGUGCAAUAAAACCAGGAAUUGUACUUUGACCUGUACUUUAGCUUUAGACAGGCUACUUCAGGCUAGAAAGCUGAUCAAACAGAUGGGAAGUUCUUUACAGAGUGUGUAAAUCUUUAGAAUACACUUCUCAUAUCUAAACUCAGCUGUACGGAUGCAGUUUAAAAAGCUGUUUCUAUUUAUUCUUAAAGAGCUGAACUGAAGCACAAGGACAGAGUGCAGGUGAAAGUGAAAGCAGUGAAAUGAAGAUGGGAUUCCUGGGGAGGACCUGUCUCAUUGUCUUGAGUUUGCUACCAGCUGUUUCUACACAGAGAGGACGAUGGACUGUUGUUGGCUCUGAUCAGCCUGUCAUUGCUGAGCCUGGUGAUGAUGUCAUCCUGCCCUGUCACAUUUCACCCAGAGUCAGUGCUGUGGACAUGGAAGUGAGGUGGUUCAGGGACAGAUUCAACAGGCCUGUUCAUUUAUAUCUGAACCAAAGGGAUCAGCUCAACAUACAGGACAGUGACUACCGGGACCGCACUGCUCUCCCUCCCUCUGCACUGCAGACAGGCAAUAUCUCAUUGCAACUGAGAAACAUCCGGCCCUCUGAUAGCGGCGUCUAUACCUGCUAUGCUGAUGGUGGAAGUUGGUAUGAAGAAGGACAGACUGAAGUGAUAGUCACAGCUCUGGGGACCCAGCCCUCAAUCUCUAUGGACUCUACACAAGGAGAGCAGACCCGGCUGGUGUGCAGAUCAGAGGGGUGGAGCCCUGAACCUGAAGUGAUCUGGAGAGACAGGGAUGGAAACAAUGUGACAUCACUGUCCAGCCCAACAGUACUGAGUGACAGUCAGGGGUUCCUCAGUGUCAGCAGCUACAUCAAAAUCAAAGAGAAGUCCAACGUGUUCUCAUGUCUGGUUAGAAGUAAAAUACCCAAACCAGACUGGGAUUCCAAACUCCACAUAUCCAGUGAUUUUUUCCCAGGAGUCUCUGGAUGGAUGGUGGCUUUCUUCUUGACUUUAGCUCUCAGUAUUGGAGCCAUUCCUCUGCUGGUGUUCCAAUGGAGAAGAAUGGAUGCUGCUCAGCACCUUCGUGAGGAACUUGAGUCUGUGAAGCGAGAGGUCCUUAAAUCAGAAUGGAAGUGGAUCCUCAGCUCAGCAGUUGACAGUUUGACUCUGGACCUCGAUACAGCACACCCCCAGCUCACCCUGCCUGUGGAUGAGAAACACGUGAGAAGGAAAAGGCAGGAUCAUAACAAUCCCCAGAGAUUUGAUUACAGGCCCUGUGUGCAGGGCAGGGAGGGCUUCACCUCAGGGAGACACUACUGGGAGCUGGGGGUGGGAGAGAAUACAUUCUGGAGAUUAGGAGUCAGCAGAGAGUCUGCACCGAGGAAGGGGAAGUUCAGCAUGACCCCCCAGCAGGGUUACUGGACUGUGGGGUGGGAUGGAGAUGAAGAUAAAGAUGAGUUCAUUGCUCUCACUGACCCCCAGACCCCCCUCCCCCUGAGCCUGAAGCCCCAGAAGCUGGGGGUGUAUCUGGAUUAUGAGGAAGAGCGGCUCUCCUUUUACAAUGUGGAGACCAGAUCUCACAUCUACACUUUCACUGACAUGGAGUUCAAUCCCAAUGAGAAACUCUAUCCAUUCUUCUGGUCGUUGGAAUACAAAGACCUUGCCCUGGUGUCCCCGGGGAAGAUGAAUGACAGCUCUUUCUUUCUUCUAGUCUGGGAAAGGAUCCUUGCUGCAUCAGUUGAUGUGACUCUGGACCCUGAUACAGCACACCCCUGGCUCAUCCUGUCUGCGGAGGAGAAACGAGUGAGACUGGGAGAGACACGGCAGAGUCUCCCUGACAAUCCAGAGAGAUUUGAUUACAGGCUCUGUGUGCUGGGCAGGGAGGGGUUCACCUCGGGAAGACGCUACUGGCAGGUGCAGGUGGGGGGGAAUACAUCAUGGAGAUUAGGAGUCAGCAGAGAGUCUGCCGAGAGGAAGGGGGGGUUCAGCAUGACCCCCCAGCAGGGUUACUGGACUGUGCAGUGGAGUGGAGGUGCGUUCACUGCUCUCACUGACCCCCAGACCCCCCUCCCCCGGAGCCUGAAGCCCCAGAAGCUGGGGGUGUAUCUGGAUUAUGAGGAAGGGCAGCUCUCCUUUUACAAUGUGGAGACCAGAUCUCACAUCUACACUUUCACUGACAUGGAGUUCAAGCCCAAUGAGAAACUCUAUCCAUUCUUCUGUAAUGGGGACAAGAAUACAGCCCUUGUGCUGGAGUCCCCUGACCCUGACCCUGUCAGCGCUGCAGAUUAAACACACAUUGCUGUCUGAACCAGGAAACUAUUCAAACAGCUCAGACAAUCUCCUCUUCACUUUCACUGACACUCUCUCUGCACUCUUCUGGGCUGAUGAGAAGAAAUCCUCUCUCUUCCACCCUCUUACCCUGAGCCCCUCCUCUUUAUUUCUCUACACCCCCUUUCCUACUCUCCCUUCCUGUCUGCCUCUCUCUUUCCUCUCCACCUCUCUCUAUCUCCUUCUCUCUCUUUCUCUCCUCUCCCCUUCUCCUCUCUGCCUCCCCUAUGGCUCUCCCCUCCUCUUUCUCUCUCCCUUCCCUCUGAUAUGCUAAUCCCCUCCCUUUCCCACUCUCCCUCUCUCCUCCAUCCUCUCUCCUCUCCCUCUCCACCCUGCCUUCUCUACUCUCCCUCUCUCCUCCAUCCUCUCUACUCUCCCUCUCUCC